UCUGGAAGAGAGUGGAGAAGAAAAAGGCCAUGGACAAGCUGCAGUACCUUGUGGACCAGUUCGAGAAGCAGAAGGACAAUGAACUCUUCGAGCGGGAAUACACGCCGGAACUGAAAAAGAAGGGACUUGCAGCUGUUGGGUCUUUCGAGAAGUGGAAAAAGGUGAAGAAUAUUUUUAAAUUUCUGUUUAAAAAUCUCAGCUAA